GUCUGCAGAAACUGUCUCACUCCGAAAUUUGCGUUUACACAUGCACCCCCUCCGGAGAACACACCAAGGGUCUGCAGAGUGCAGAGGCUCUCACUGACAUUUGCGUCCACAGAUACAACUCCUGCUUGAGAAUGUCCGAAUGAUCUCCGGAGUUCAGUGCAUGGUGAGAGCAGCUCGUGUGUAAAUCAUUGGAGCUUUUUGGCUGCUCGCAGCGCCUGUACCUUAAUGCCGGUAAUAGACGCGCAUGGUGAUCUAACCGUCCGGCUCCAUCACACUGCUCUGUGAUGAAUGAUGCAAACAGUCACUUAACACACUCCAGCCUCGGGCAGUGUGUGUGUGUGUUUCCGGGUCACGUGGUGGACGCACAAUAACCGUAGUUAAAACAGCGCUCGCGCACUUAGACAUCACCGGGGCUGGCCUCGGAUCGGAAGCGGCGGCGGCUCACGUGACCGCAGUGGUGCAGCGCUGAGCAGCGGUGCCGGUGGUCGCGGUUCACUCAUGGGUUCGCCGAGCCGAGCGGAGCAGUGAACAACGGCCCCGCGGAGCCGGUGGGAUGGUCCGUGUGACGCGUCGUGUGCGGGUGUGUUAGUGUGUCCGGCUGUCGGUGCCCUCAUGAUGUAGGCCGGUGAUCCUGCUGGAGGACAGAGCUGUGAAAUUCCUACACCUGUAGAGAAAAAACACAGCAGGAGAGUCAAAGGCCAAAGACGCAGGCGUCUGUAAUUCAUGUGCUGCUCAGUGUCUGCUGGGCAAGAUGAGUACAGACAGACCCAAACGCAAUAUCAUUAAGAAGAAAUAUGACAUCAGUGAUGGGAUGCCGUGGUGUGAAGAACGUCUGGUUCGGAAAGUUCUUUUCCUCUCCCUCAGGGAAUUCAGAGACACACACCGUGCAACACACAAACACUCACAAAUACACACACGUGCACACAAACACACGUCCAAAAGUACACUUCUACAUGGUCCGCGAACACAGACAUUACCUAACACACACACUCAAAAAACCACACGCACACGACAGAGUGUCCAGGCCUCACAACAAAGAGUCCCACACAGACCUCCUAACACACAUACACAGAAAAACCCACACAGUUCACAAAAUAUACACAUUUCAAAACACAUACACCGUCAUGAACACACCAACCAAGAGCAAAAAACGAACUUGUCUCAGGACUUACACACACCAAAAACUAAAUGUACCUACACACUACCGAACAUGCAGACAAAGUCAAAAAUGUAUGUAGGGAAAAUUACACAUAAUGAGCAGCAUACAGACACACAAGACGACUCACACACGUUCCAGAGGAAUACUGAAUCGACCAGGACACUACGCUCACAUAAAACACAACAUACUCUGCUGCUGCCCAUCGCCAAAUACUCACAAACUGAAAAACACAAGCACUCAGUGACAAACAGCUGCACUUCUGGAAACACAAGGAUGUUGCUGAGCGGUCCUGUCCCAUCCAGGAGUCUGAGAUCACGCACUCCCACGAGACUCAGUGGCGCUCUGGUGAACGGCCUCAGCCGCUGUCAGUCCCUCCUGUCAACUGGUCCCAGUUGGAGCUGGCCCUUACAGACACGCCCUCAACAGCGGCGCCCUGCCAGCAUUCAUCUUGACAAGGAUGACCCCAACAGCAAGAGACCGAGGCUGCAAGCACAGAGGAAGUUUGCCCAGUCCCCUCCCAGCUCUCCAGGACCACCAGCACUGAUGACAUCAGCACAGAGCAACCACAUUCACAACGUGGCCGUAGUCACCUGUCUGACCCGACGACGACCCAAGACUGAGGAUUUCUUGUCUUUUCUCUGUUUGAGAGGUUCAGCAGCACUGCCCAGCAACAUGUCCUUCUUAGCAAGUGGACGAAAGAGGGAGCCAUCCAAAAAUCAGCGUCUUGAUGCCUGUCUUUCCACCAAUCACAGGACUGCAGCUGAGGGGAAGAAAACGAGUAUAUUCAGUCGAACAGCAGUGCAGAGGGACUCGAGGCCUCUGAGAGGGAGGACUGGAGGCUCUGCAGCAGUCAGCUCCCUCUGCGCUCUUACUGCUCGAGAACAGAGCAGGAGUGAAAGAGGGGAGAGAGAGGAGGAACAUCGGAGGAGGAGGAGAGAAAGGAUGGAGGAGGACAGGAGAGGGGGGGCUGGGAGACACCUUGUGAGGCCCCGCCAGCUCUCCCUACAGGUCAGGAGGACGAACAAGGUUGCCAUGGUGACUGGAGUUGCUAAUGAAAGAACUUCCUGUGUCAGGCCAGUCCCUCCCUUAAAGCCUAGCGCAGGGGUUGGCAGUAGACGAUCCCCCAGGUCCUGCACAAGAUCAAGCAAUACCUGUAAACCAAGAGGCAACCCCAAAAGCAAACCCAAGGAAACCAGCAACAAACACAUCUCCCGGCAAAGCAACCACCAGCUGCCUCGAAAACACCACCUUCCUCUCCACCACCGAACAGUCAUUAACUGCCAUAGCAAUCCCAAGACCUUCCGUAGUCUUCAGAACUCAGGAAAAAAAUCAAACAGGAUCCCGGCUCAAAUACCACUGACUAAUGGCUCAGUCAUCACAGAGCUAAGUGAGAACCCUGGGGUCCUGAGGUUAUCCAGACGGAGGAGAGGUCUCCCACCAGACACCAGCCCUGCCCCUCCGAGUCAGGUUCCUUUGGACAAGAACUCAAAGAAGUCCAGAACAGUACAGAACAACAAAGGUGAUGUCUCACUGGAGAAUGAUUGCCAUAUUAGUGGGAUGCUACAGAAGGAGGCCAGCAGUGAUAAAGAUAUCAGAGAGGAGUGUGUGAACCACGUGGGUAAAAUUGCUGGGAGCAACAGUGAAGACAGAUGCAGCCAUGUUGGAGGGAUGAGCCUUGAGAGGGAUGGUGGUAUUGGUGACGACCUGCACAGCCAGGCGAAUGUUGGAAAAUUGAGUGCGGCAAGCAUUAUUGCUCCUGAGCCCUCUCAAGAAAUGGCCAACUUUACCAACAUCAUCUCAGACUAUGCCCUUGGCCCUGUCAGCGAGAUCAUAGUCAGACAUAAAAGGCUCCAGAGAAAUCAGUCCACUUCAUCCACAAUACCCAAGCCAAUCACCAGGACCACUGAUUCUAGGACUGUUGCCAGAGCUGCUACUCCCAGGACUACUGUAACUCAAGCUGCUAUCAACUCAGAGACAUCUGCAUAUGUACACACUGAACCAUCAGGCACAUAUUCUGCCAAGCACACUGCUAAGGCAACUAACAAAUGUACUAGCAAGGACACUACCAAGUGUACUUCUCCAACCAGCAGUUACUCUAUCCCUAAUUGCCAAGGUGCUGUAAAAGACUCUUCCAAUGGUACUCCAGAGGACUCGGCUAAGGUCAUUGCACCUGUCAGUAGCUGUAGAAGUAACCCUUCUAGCACUUCCAAGGGCUCUACAAAGGGCCUUACCCAGACCAAGUCUACUACCUCAGCUAUGAAGACCAGGACCAGCCCUCGAAUUCUUUUGAAACGAUAACACCUGAGCUACAGCUGAAAACGAGUCAGUGUUCAAUAUAAAGAUAAACCAUAAUUAGAACAAUAUUUAUUGGAUCAUAAUUGGCUACUGUUAAUAAUAGGUGAUGUAGGGUGAUGGCUAUUGGCUGGUUGGAUAGUGACAUAGUGGCUAUGGCUUGCCAGUGAUAGUGGGAUCAUUUUUUUUGAAAGACAGCAUAGAGAGAGACAUGUUGUAUAGUUGAGUGUAAAGUGAAAACACACGGAUUUCUGACGCUUCCCUGCUGUAUCCUACAUAGUAGCUUGGUAUGUGUGUAUUAUAUUCAGAAGGAAAGGCUACUGGCUAAAUCAAUGCACAUACAUUAAAGCUAGGGUUGGCUACACUUUGAAAAAAUGCAACUGAUACAUCACACCCCCCUCCCAUCGGCCCUCUCUUCAAAGCAAAAACACAUGAGCGUGCACUGACUGACAACUGCUAGAAGCCGACUUUUCCAUGACUAUCGUCUCUGCUUACCAACCCUACCUUUUUAAUUUGAGCCAGUCUGCUGAACAGUUUUCAGCAGCGGUUAUUCUUAUUUGCCUUUGCUCUGGUGGUUUUGGUGUGGUCGUUGGGAACCUACUGCCAUUUAAUGUGAACAGGAAUCAUCUGUUCAAGGUUGUCUGGAUUAAUAACAUUCAAGUCUAACGAGUUCCUCACCAUGAAUCCUCGGGAGGAGCAAAGAAGAAGUUCAACUUAAAGACUGUCAAAGUACAAGUGAAAUGCUGAUAUGAUCAACGAGACAGGUUUACUGGCAGUAAUCAUUAUCCUGUUCAUUGAAAGAUCCCUUCCUUAAUCGAUUUUAGUGGAAGUGAUGGACGACAGAACCGUGUCUGAGACUGCUGAAACCUCAUGACAUAUCCAUACAAACCUUGGAAUGUAUUCUUGUGCAGAAUGACGAGGAUGGAUGUUCCAUUCGUAGUUAUUGAAUUCUGAUAAAGUUUGUUGUAAUAGCCAUUUUGAACAGGAGAAAUGAUUACAGCGAGAAACCCUGUUUUAACAUUCAUAUGGGCAUUCAAGUCACCAGCUCAACUGUCUUCACCAGCCUAAAGCUGCUUUCAGACAUACACUGAACUCUGGAGAUCCUUCGAACAUUCUCUGGAGAGGCAAAUGUCCAAGGGGGAGCCUCCGGACCUUCUGUGGACUUUCCCUAGCCAGCCCCCUCGUAAAAUGUCCGCAGAUAGACCAUAGUAGGCGACGUGAGAACACAGCAGGAGAUCCUCCGCAGGAUUCACCGUGACAGACGCAAAAAGGAAAAAAAACACAAACAAAUAUCUCAGGAUGAAAAAGAGGUGCCAUACACAUAGAAGACACUGAAGAUGUCAAGAGAGUUUUUGGUGAUAAGAGCCGACGCUGGGAUGGAGGUGCUGUAAAUAUAUGCACAUGAUCCCUGCAGCAGAAUGAUUACGUGGCAUCAUGCCUCUGCCUGCUACUCCACCCGUCACCUGAACACUCCGGAGAUUUCUGUGUUGCUGUGAACGGGUCUGAGCAGAGAAUCUCCUGCUGUGAAGAAAGUCCGGGCCCAAUUCUCCAGACAUCCUCCGGAGGUAAUGUCUGAAGACUGCUUAUGUAACAUCAGGAGGACUCUUCAGUCCACUGUUCUUCUUAAUGGAAAAAAUCUUUUGAAGUAGGUCACAUGUGAAAUAUACAGGAACAACAAUGGUGUUGUUUUUACCUGUGUUUUUUUGAUCUUUUUACGUUUUUAUUGCCCGCUCUAUACCCACCGACUUCGUGUGUGAGAAACAGCGGUGGCUGCGUACUCACAUGCAGCGUGCUUGUUUCUGAGUCGUGUGGUCUGAUACUUUUGUAAAUAUAAGAGGACAUAUGUUUUGUGAGGCGGCUGUAGACAGAAACUGUAUAAAGAAAUUCUUGCGGUUUGACCUUCACUGUUAAUGUGACCAUCAUAUUUGACUGUAUGAACCCUGUAGAUGUUGUGGAUUUUACUGGACCGUCAGAAGGUUUUAGGAUGACAUCAGGUGCUAUCCGGUGCUAUUAAAUUGCUCAUUGAAUUUUUUGGGGUUAGAUGAGUAGUAGAUCUGUGUGGCUGUAUUGGAUGAUAUGAGUCAGCACAUUCAUGUUGCACAUUUCCACACAGUACAAAAAACCUGUGUAAAAGAAAACAACUGUCUGACAGCGGUGGACACUGCUGCCUUUGCUUUAUUUUAAACACUUUACAUGAAAAACAUUGUUGUUCCCACCAUUAAAUAAGUAACUGACAAAUGUAUUUGUAAAUUAGCUAUUUAUGCUCCGUCCAUAUGUAUCAGUCUAAAUCAGCAGUUAGUGUGUUAAUUUAACACAUGUUAAAAACUAAGUUAUGAAUAAAGGCAUGAAUCAGUUUGAGCUGCAGAACUUUGAUCAAACAUACACUGUUGUUAUUUCUUAAUGUAAGUAUGUGGUUUGUAGAGGAAGCAGUCGUUUACAACUCACUACAAAAGCUACUUUUUGAAUACUUCCAUUUUAAAGUGAAAGCUCUUCCACUUAUGAUACUGUGAAGCAUUGCUUAACACUGACCCAUCAGAGUGCUCUUCCAUAAAGAAUAAAACGGUUCACCACACAAUGACACUGUCAAACCCUAACACCACAGCUUUGUUGUAAAAGUGCUUCCUUUUUUAAAACCAAACCAUUGUUUUAAGUAUCAGCUGUUUCCUCGUGUUUGGUAUUUCAAUAGAAUUAUCACGUGUCACAGUUUCAUGUGUUAAAUGCUUCCUGCUAUGUAAAGUGAAUUCAUCAGUGAUCACUUGUUCCACAGUUUGUUGCUGCAGACUAAUCAAUGGAUGUACACGGUGUAUGACUCAUUGCUGAAUGGAUCUGCAGAUCUACUAUGUGCUGACAUUUGCAUGAACAUGUGCGUAUUAUUCAGCGCCUCACACAAUUCAUUUAGCUGUCGCGACGAUUUUCAAUUGCAAAAGUUAGCAAUAUAAUUGUGUUUCUUGCAGCGACUGUGUCUCAUGUGGACAGAGACAACUUUCCUCCGAAAUGGGUCCUCGAAUAAAUCAAUUCAUGCCUUGUUCCCAUUAAUUCAUGUGCUAUGUAUCUCAUGCUAGUUACCGGUAAAACAACUUUAAAGUGUUAUUGAGGUUUAUGAGCAAACUUGUUCAGCCCCAAGUGAACAUGAAAACAUCUGUGCAGGGAAAGUGUAAGGAAAGUGUAAAAAGUCUGUGGAAAUGUCAAUGAUACGAAUGAGAAUUUGUAAUAAAAUUUCUUUGUGCAA